ACAUUCGAAAAGUCAAAUCUGACAUACUGGCAUCCUUGUCACAAUUCCUAUGAUAAAACAGUAUAUUUUUAUUUAUUUUCAUAGUCAAUAAAAUCUUAAAACCAGAAAAAUACAUUUACCGAGUAAAGAAUCAGAGUUAUCUUCUAUUACAUGACGUCUCCUUUCUGUGAAGUGAUAACAAUUUAGGACAAUUAAGCUAUAAUGACGAACGCAACGAUUCAGGAAAUUGAAGGUAUCGAUGAUUAUUGGGGGCCGGCGUUCCGAUCUAUAUAUGAGGGUGAAGGACACGAAGCGUUCGUUCAGCAGCUGGAUGAGCGCAUCAAACAACAUGAUAAGGAGAUUGAAAAACUGUGCAACUUUCAUUACCAGGGCUUCAUUGACUCAAUCCGUGAGUUGCUGCAAGUGCGGUCACAUGCUGAGGAGCUCCAUGCCGAGAUAUCCAAUGUGGAUGCUAACGUCAAAGAUACCACAGAUAGUCUGUGUGCCAAAGCUGAGGAGUUGAUCAGGGCUCGCAGGGUUGAGUUGAACAUAGCUGCCACCAUUGAGAAGAUGGAACUCUGUCUGCCCUUACUUACCACAUAUUCCAAACUCAAGUCACAAGUUGAAGCUAAGAGAUACUACCCAGCCCUCAAAACUCUUGAACAACUUGAACACGUGCUCCUACCGCGCGUCGGCCCCUACAAGUGGUGCGCUCAGAUCUCCACAGACAUACCGCGGCUACGACAGGCUAUACAGGACGCAAGUAUGGCGGAUUUGAGGGACUUCCUCGAGAAUAUAAGGAAGCUUAGUCCACAGGUUGGAGCGAUGGCUUUAAAACAAACACAAGAGAUGCUUGGAAGGAGUUUAGCCAGUAUUGUCAAAAAUAAAAAAGAUAUGCAAGUACUGGGAAUUUCAGCAAAGGAAAGCUCUGGACCACAAUGUCCGCAUGAGUUGGUAGACUUCAGUCCUCUGCAUAGAUGUCUACACAUUCACAGCGUUCUCGGCGCUAAGAAUGACUUCAUACAGUAUUACAGAGCACAGCGAAAGCAACAAGCUCGCUUGGUCCUCAUACCCGCAUCAGUAAACCUACACGACUCGAUCCAAGGUGUGAAGAACUAUCUCAACGCUGUCCUCGGCUUCUUCAUCCUAGAGGAGCAUUUACUAAGCGCAGGCGCAGGUCUCGUCUCAAAGGACUGGCUGUUGGACAUGUGGAGUAUGUCGGUCACCAAAGUGGCUUCGACCCUAAGGACCAACACGUCACUGAUCACGGAUCCUACGCUCAUGUUGAGUAUCAAGCAUCAGAUAGUGCUGUUUAUUAAUACGCUAAAAUGUUACGGCCUGCCUACGGAUCCAUUGCCUUUGUUACUGCAAGAGAUGGCGGAACAUUACACAGAGGUAUUGAUGCAGAGAUGGGUGGUUGUAUUCAGAGACAUUCUUGAUAACGCCUCCUUUGUGCCUAUAGAGGUUGAAAAUCAAGAUCAAUAUGAUGAAGUAAUGGACACGUUUCCUUAUGACGGCGAAGAACUUGAAACGCAGCCUUUUCCAAGGAAGUUCCCGUUCUCCCGCAGCGUGCCGGCGGUGUACGUGCAGGUGAAGGAGUUCAUCUACGCGUGGCUGAAGUACUCGGCGGGGCUGGGGCUGGGCGGCGCGCGGCGGGCGGCGGCGGCGCGCCACUCCGCGUCGCUGCUGCUGAGCCGCUCCUUCACGGGCUGUCUGUCCGCACUCUUCCGCCGCCCGCUGCCGCUCAUGCAGCUCGUACAGAUAAUAGUGGAUACUCAGUACUUGGAAGGCGCAACCUUAUGCCUCUAUGAAUUUAUAAGCAACAUUACUGGAUCUGAACUGGUCACUACACAGACGGCUGGCAGUAUGUUCCAAGCGGCACGCGACGACGCUGAGCAACAGAUCUGUGACAAGCUUGAAAAGAAAGUCGACGAGUUUCUUGAUCUCGAGAACUAUGAUUGGUUGUUAGUUGAGCCUACUGGUCAGGCAUCAUCUUUCGUCACCGACAUGCUCAGCUAUCUCUCCGGCGUGCUGACGUCACUCGAGCAGCUACCUGAAAGAGCGCGGGUGGCAGCAGUACGUGCAGCCACAAACCGCAUCGCGACCCGCCUUCGCAACCUGCUGCUAGACCCCGCCGUGAAGCAGAUAUCGUCGGGCGCGCUGGACCAGCUUAACCUCGACGUGAUCCAGUGCGAGCAGUUCGCGGCCGGGGAGCCGGUACCAGGGCUUAAGGAGGGCGAACUGUUGGAGCAUUUUGCUAGCUUGAGGCAACUCCUGGACCUGAUAACUGGUUGGGACUGGUCAUCAUACCUUCACGAUAUUGGUAUCGACGGCGGUAAGUACUCUCUAGUCACGCCCCGUGACGCCGCCAUGCUGUUAGAGAAGUUGAAGGAGGCCGAACAGAAGUCUUCUGUCUUCUCUGUUUUGAAGAAGAAUGAAAGAGAUAGAAGGAAGUUGCUCGAUACCGUCUUGAAACAGCUGAAACAAUUGCAGAAUCAGGACGGAUCGUGAGGGAGAUAUUACUAGGAGUAUUAUUGUCAGGUGUUAAUGUACAGUUUUAUACUAAAAUGACUGAAUGAAAAUGAAUGUGGCUUUUCUACUCCUUAAAGAUCAAAGACAGUGAAAAUUUAUCGGAAAAGUAAUGUUUUAGUUUUCGCUUGUAUGUUUGAGCGUCACAUAUUUUGUUGUACUUCUGUGAUUAGUCUUGAAUUGUUCGAAGUAUUCAUUAAUUUGUUCUUUUAAAAUUGUGUAGUUGUUUUUAAGGAGAAUGUUUGUUUUGUACGAUUUAAAUGAUAAAAAUAUUAAUAAAUAUGUUAAUGAGACAUUUUAAAUUAAAAUUAUCACCAUAUAAGUAUUGGCCUGUUAGAUAUCUGUAUAUUGUGUAGAGAUCACACCUUUAGAACUGUACUGCCUUAUCAGAGUAGUGAUAGAAGCAUUUAUAUGUUAUGCCUACGAUUAAGUGUUUAUAACAAGACAUUGUUUGUAUGUAAUAAACUAUUUAUUGUA